AUGGUGCAUUAUAAGAACUCGUAUCUUAGCUACAUACGAAGGAAGCCACUAGCAUUGCUAGCCCCCGUGACUUUCCUAGUGUUGAUCUACCUAUUUUUCUUUGCAUCGAGCUCGUCUUCGGUGCUAUCACAUUCCAAAGAGCAGAACAAGUACAGCUACGCCAAAAAGUCCAAAGGCUGGUUCAGCAAGAAUAAGGAUUCGGUGAUAUUGAAAAACUUGCCCAAGAACCACAUAAGUCACUAUGACUUGAACAAGUUGACCAAUUCGCCCGAUGCGUUGACCAAGAGGGAAGAAGUGUUGAUCUUGACCCCCAUGUCGAAAUUCUUGCCCGGGUACUGGCAAAACUUGAACAAAUUGACCUAUGACCACUCGUUGAUUUCGCUAGGUUUCAUUUUCCCCAGGACUGAUGAAGGCGAUGACGCUUUGAAGCAAUUGGAGAAUGCCCUUAAGGAAAGCAAGAGCAAAGGCAAGUUGAAUUUCAAAAAAGUCACGUUGUUGAGACAGGAUUCUGGUUCGUUGGAAAGUCAAUUGGAGAAGGAUAGACAUGCGUUCAAAGUUCAAAAAGAACGCAGGUCGAUGAUGGCAUUAGCGAGGAACUCGCUUGUAUUCACGACCCUCUCGCCCAAGACGUCGUGGGUCUUGUGGUUGGAUGCGGAUAUCGUGGAGACUCCGCCUACGUUGAUUCAAGACAUGGCCGAGCACAACAAACCGGUUCUUUCGGCUAAUGUGUAUCAGAGAUACUACGACGAAGAAACCAAAAAGGAUUCAAUCAGACCCUAUGAUUACAACAACUGGGCUGAGAGCGAAGAAGGGUUGAAGAUUGCCGAAGGAUUGGCCGACGAUGAGAUUAUCGUUGAAGGAUACGCGGAAAUGGCCACCUACAGAGCCUUGAUGGCGCACUAUUUUGAUGCGCUGGGCGACAAGAACACCGAGAUGGAGUUGGAUGGGGUUGGCGGGGGCGCCGUUUUGGUCAAAGCUGAUGUACAUCGUGAUGGAGCCAUGUUCCCUUCGUUUCCAUUCUAUCACUUGAUCGAAACGGAAGGGUUUGCCAAAAUGGCCAAGAGGUUGGGAUAUGCGGUGAUAGGAUUGCCGAACUACUUGGUCUACCACUACAACGAGUAA